ACCCGAGAUUGAAGGAGAAAUAUGAGGUGUAUGCCGCUUAAAGCUCCACUUUGUUGUUUCUCUGCGACAUUUGUGCGUGUCUAACAAUCCCGAGGUGGGGAGAAAGAAAGGAGAGAUCACUUUUCUCCCCAUUUUGAAGCUGGGUGACGAGGCUACAUGGUGUGUCUCUUCUGUUCAGAGAGUGGAUGUGUGGGUGUCCCGAGAUGGAAAGCUAUGAGGAGUUCUGUCUGCGGACUAUGGCCAUAUUGCAGGAGGAGGGGAAAUUCAAGAAGACGACAUGUGAGCCAUUGUGCACCCUGAAGGCUCUCUCUGUCAUCCACUUCCAUGGAAGGGCUGUGCUUUCGCCGCUGUUGAGUGCAGAGCAGCGCAACGAGAUGUGUGACCACAGGCGGAGGGCGGUCCAGCUGGAGGUGAACAGGCACAACCAGAAGAGGAACAACCUUUUAGCGCGGGUUCAAGACAUACUGGACCAAGCUCAGGCAGAUAAAGUACCAAGUGAAGAUGUUAACAAGCUGCCAGUUUCUAAAUCUGCGACAGUCAGUGGCUACACCCUGGUCACUGACUCUCCUGGACUUCCCAGAGACCCUGGAUUUGAGCUUCAAACAAGUGAUCAGCCUGACGCUCCAUGCUCUGAGGCUCCCACCCUCAAUGGCUACAAGGCAGUGGAGGAGGUGAUGGUGGAGAAGGAGGAGAGGAGUGAGGAGGAAGAGGAUGAGGAGGAGGAAGAUAUUAGUUUGGACAGCCUUCUUAAGAGAUCAAGAGAGUAUGUGAAAAGAGAGCAGAGUCAGCAGGGGUCAAAAGUUGUCCAGACAGUCACCAGAACUCCCCCGCUGCAGACUGUCUCUGACAAGGGGAACAAGAGCUGUAGUCCUGUGGGAGACACGGGCGUUGAGUUUGGAUUCAGUCUGCACCAUAGCCCUGUUGGCCCACCUCAGACACAAAUCCAGCAUCAGACUCUGUACAACCCCAGUCCCCAACAGUCUGGCUGCCUCUCACCCAGUCUCCCCAAUCGGUAUGCUCGUCUCCCCAGUCCAGAGUCCAACAUUAGUCCCCGUGCACAGAGGCGCAGACCACGCCCAGUUUCUACAGGGAACAUUCAUAUUUCAUUUCCCAUCGGCCCAGCAGACCUUAUCCCUCGAAGCCCAGUAAGAUCAGGGGAAGGUGCUGGCAUGGCAGAUAUUGGAGAAGCUCUCUCAGGGGCCAUAAAGUCCCCCGAUCACUGGGGCUCGGUGGGGAGUGAAAGUGACGGUGGUGUCAGCAGGAGUGGCACUCGUCGAUCCAGCCACGGUGGUACCAGUCCAAUGCAGGACACCUGUAGCCCCGUUAGUGCCUCAGGACACAGCAAGGGACACCAUGACCACCUGGCUGCAGGAUUUCGCCGGCGCUGUCACACCCUAGACAGCCAGCUCCACAGCUACCACUCUGGAGUUGAGCACAUAGACCGCAGCCAGGAAAGGGUUCCUCGCUUCAUGGCAGGAGUAACAUGGAUGGCUCCAAGUUGGCGCACCCCUGCAGCCCCCUUAAACCAGCCAUAUGAGGUAGAUAAUCCCUCAACAUCUCUGCUGAGGCCCCGCAUGACUCCUGACUUGGCCCAGGUCACAUUCAGGAGGGACCCUGAUGACCCUCUGGAGACAAACACUGGAAAGAUCACUCCAACUAUCCUCAGAAAUGUAGCUGAGGCACAGGCCAGCAAGACAGAGCAGACCCAGAGGCGAGCACAGGCUCUGGAGGACAUGCAAAGGCGUCUGGAGGAGGAGCAUGCCUUGCAGAUGUCUCUGCUUCUGGCUGAGCAGGAGGAAGAGCAACAGCGCCUCUGUCUGGAGCUCGAGGAGACAGAGAGAAGACUGAAGGAGCAGGGCUGCGUGCGGCCUUUGAGUGCAGAUGCUUGUGGGUGGAGCUGUAGGUCUGUGAGUGACAGCCGUCCUGUUGUUAGCCCCUCCUGCCCGGGACUAAGCCCAGCCCACACACCAUCUGAGCGAUCACCAGGACACAGUAUAGGUUUUCCCAGUCCUGUAACUUCCAGUGUGUCCUCUCCGUCUGUCCAGCCUCCAGUCUUUCUGUGGGGGCCCACAUGGGCAGUUAGCAAACCUCGAGCGCGGCUUAGUCUGGUUCUGACAGCAGAGCAGCAGAGAGCAUUCUGUCGAAUUGGCGCCAUUAUUCGCGGCUUCCUCACUCGCAGACUGCUCAAAACAGAGAAGGUCAAACACCUGCGCCAGACCAUCACGGAUACGCAGGAGUUCAUCCGCUCAUUCCAGUCUGAAGCUCCGCAGAAGAGAGGCCCCUGCUCAGCACAAGAUCGCUCCCUGCAGGAGAGAGUUAAAGCCCAGUUACGUGCAGCCCUUUAUGACAUCCAUGACAUCUUCUUUGAAAUGCCUCUGGGGGAUCGAUUAGCACUGCUGCAACAGGACAGGGAGCUCCGAGCAGAGAGGAAGCUACGAGACAUGGAGAAAGCCAAGUGCCCCAAGGAGCGAGUGGUUCUGUCUGCUGCCACACAGAGGUCCCUGGACAGAAAAAAGAGGGUUGGUGAAUCCCCAGCACAGGCUAGAAAGAUGCAGCAGAAGCCAAAGAGCCCCACAGCCAACAGAGUCCUGAAGCCAAGCCAAGGCCAAAAUUCUCCCACUUCAGGCCAGCUGAACCGCCAGGGGAGCUGGUACAGAAAGACCCCAGAGGAGAGAGUGAGGCGUUCAGACAACCUGAAGAAGCAGCACUCUCUGGGUUAACGGGUGAUUCACCAUCCCCCCUGACCUAUGAACUUGAAUUUUUAGUCUUUGAAUACAAACCUUGCAAUUUCAGUCAGUGCUGCUAAUAUGAUUGUCUCAUCUACCCUCUGAAAUUCAAAUGAUUGUAUUCACUACCACACUUUAGCUCACUGAUAUACAUCAUCACAAUGCCUUUGUUUCUGACUGUUGUAACUUGCUGAAUUUUUGAGGUGGCAAGAACCGAUUGUUAUCCACAAAUCUUACUUGUAGCUUGAUACUGUGUGUGGAGGUAGGUACAUUUUACAUUUUAGUGGAAAAUAAAGUUCUCUGCUUAAAUGCAAGCGAGAAAAAGGUCAGAGUUAACGUGAUGUAACUCAAUAUUUUUAUCUGUGCCUAAGAACUAUGCCUUUGCUCUUGUAACAUUUUAGCAUGCAUACAUUUAUGUAAUAUCAUCAUCUAGUGCUUAUAUCUGUAAAAAUCAAUUUUGAUGCUGACAGUCACAUAAUGUAGUUUACGUAUGGAGAGUAUUAAAGGGACAGUUCACCCAAAAGCAUUUUUUUCCCCUCUUACUUUUAGUGCUAUUUAUCAAUGAAGAUUGUUUUGGUCCAAGUUGUCAAGUGUAGGAGAUAUCAGCCGUAGAGAUGUCUGCCUUCUCUUGAAUAUAAUUAAACUAGAUGGCACUUGCGCCAAAAAAUACAUUUGAAAAACUCAACAACGUAUCUUUGCAGAAACCAUGAGCCAGUUACUCAGAAUAAUCCACAGACCUUGUUGCUUGCAGUUUCAUGCAGGAACUAUUAUAUUUCUACCAAACUGCAUUCACCAAAUAUCACCAAACACAGGAAACAUGCAUCUACACAGAUGAGAGGCUCAUACUUGUGACAGCAUGAGAGUCAAUCAUUAAUGUUGUCUUUUGGCCUGAGUUGUAAUGUUAGCUCGCUUGUGUGAGUGAGCAGUAUUACCUAGUUGUUAGCACAGUUCCUUCUGAGCAGUGAUAUGAUCAUCACACCAUUAUAUUCAAGAGAGGGCGACAUCUCUACGGUCGAUUACUUCAACAACUCACACCAAAAACAAUCUAAAUUGGUAAAUAAGACCACAGGUAAGAAGUAAAAUUUGUGUUUUUGAUUGUGGAGUGAGCUAUACAUUAAAGUGAGUGAAAUUCAUGAAUUAGAAAUUUUUUGUUUAAGGGCUUUGAGUACCUGUUUGUGCUUUGCUCCUUAAAUGGUGCCGUGUUUACAGUACACUGAGACAUUUCAACAUUUGACUUAAAUCAAUGCAAAAUAAAAAAAAAAAACAACAACCCAACAACAUAGAGCAACGUUGUUUACACACUGGCAUGCUGUUACAUUAAUUUAGCUUCACAUAACAAGAGAUGCACAGCAGACACUGAGUUCCUCUGGAGACACACUGACCAUUAAAAAUUCUGAUUAAUAAAACUAAGUUAAUAAGACCAUGUAAAAUGCAUGCCAAAUUCUCUAAAAAUAUUUCCCUAUUGUUCACUGCCCACAUCAAGAAUAAGGGUCAGACUCUGAAUAAAAGAAUAUUUAUGUAAACACAUCAUCUAACCACAUGUUCAGGAACUGGUACACCCACUUGUUUACUGCGAUACCACGCCGACGUAUACUAGCCAGUCAGUAUUUUUCAGUGUGCUGAUGUUGUUUGCCGGUAAUACCGUAUGCUCUCUUUUAUUUAUUUAUU